AUGUCUCACCUCGGUCGUCCGGAUGGAAAGAGAUCUACAAAAUAUUCACUUGCGCCAGUCGCUACCGAGCUCGGCAGGCUGAUAAAUAAAGAUGUAUUGUUUUUAAACGAUUGUGUUGGAGAGGAGGUAGAAGAAGCUGUAAUGAGAGCGGACAAUGGAAAAGUAAUUCUACUAGAAAAUUUGCGAUUCCAUAUUGAAGAAGAAGGUUCGGUGAAAGACGAGAGUGGAAAUAAGAUUAAAGCGGAUCCAGAGAAAGUCGCGGAAUUCCGUCAGUCACUCACCAAACUCGGCGAUGUAUAUGUAAAUGACGCGUUUGGCACUGCACAUCGAGCCCAUAGUUCCAUAGUUGGAAUCAACCUUCCGCUUCGCGUGGCUGGCUUCUUACUAAAAAAGGAAUUGGAGUAUUUCGCAAAGGUUUUGGAAAAUCCGGAACGUCCCUUCUUGUCUAUCCUUGGGGG